UUAAUGAUUAGUGGGGUACAGAUAUUUUUUUCUCGAAAAUUUAAGUUCAUUUAUUGAAGCUGAGGUUGAAGUGUUGUGAAAUUGAGAAGUCAAUCAUUGAGGCUAUACUACACAAAAUGGCAUGCUUUGGAAUCACAAGAGAUGACUUCUCAGGAACAUGUCUUGGAAAUUUCAAUUGGACUUCAAUUUCCACUCAAAGGACUAUAAUAGACACAACCAACCUAAUUUUUCUAUGUAUUUUCUAUAUAUCUUUGUUCAUAAAUUUGAUAAUGAGAAUGCCUAGUGGUAGCUCAAGAAAGGGGUGGCUUCAUUUAGUUACUUCAUUCUGUUGUGCUUUUUUGAGCACUACCUGUUUGAUUAAUUGCUUCUGGAGUCUCAUAGCCAAAUCUAAUGGUUCCAAUCAGCUGAGCUUGAUUUACUUUAUAAGAUCACUGGUUUGGAUUUCCUUAACUGUUUCUUUGCUUGUUCAGAAAUCCCAAUGGACUAAAAUUUUAACCACUAUUUGGUGGGUGUGUUCAUGUGCAUUGGUCUCAGCACUAAACAUUGAAAUUCUAGUUAGAGAGCAAAAGCUUGAGAUUUAUGAUAUGAUGAUAUGGCCAGUACAUAUUCUACUUGUGAUCUAUGAUUUCCAUAACCAUGGCUACUUUGUUCAACAACAAGUCUCAGAUUCUAGUUUAUCUGAUCCUUUACUAGCUCAUAAGGUUGAGCAUAAUCAAGAAACAGAAUUAGGCCAUGGCAACAUUCUCAAUAGAAUGACAUUCUCUUGGAUCAAUUUGUUACUGAAAUUGGGUUACUCAAAGCCACUAACACUUGAAGACAUCCCUUCCCUUGCUUCUGAAGAUGAAGCUGAGAUUGGUUAUCAAAAGUUUGCUCAUGAAUUGGACUCCCUUUUGAGGGAAAGGAGCAAGAAUGAUUCUACAAACUUGGUUCUUUGGUCGAUCGCGCGAGUUUACUUUAAAGAAAACAUAUUUAUAGCCAUUUGUGCGGUUCUCAGGACAAUUUGUGCUGUAGCUUCUCCUUUACUUGUCUAUUCCUUUGUGAAAUACUCCAAUUCCAUUGAGCAAGACUUGAAAUGGGGACUAACCAUAGUGGCAUGUCUAGUGCUCGCCAAGGUGGUUGAGUCUAUGUCUCAGAGGCAUUGGUUUUUCAACUCAAGGAGGUCAGGGAUGAAAAUGAGAUCAACUUUAAUGGCAGCAGUAUAUCAGAAGCAGUUAAAGCUUUCUGUUUGGGGUAGGAGAAGGCAUUCAACUGGUGAGAUAGUGAAUUAUAUCGCGGUUGAUGCAUAUCGAAUGGGGGAGUUUCCAUGGUGGUUUCAUAUAGCCUGGAGUUCUGCAUUGCAAGUUUUUCUGGCUGUUUGUGUUCUUUUUGGUGUUGUUGGUCUUGGUGCACUUCCUGGUUUAGUCCCUCUUCUCAUUUGUGGAAUCAUCAAUGUUCCAUUUGCAAAGAUCCUACAAAGAUGUCGUUCUGAGUUUAUGGUUGUACAGGAUGAGCGUCUGAGAUCAACUUCAGAGAUUCUAAGUAGCAUGAAAAUCAUAAAGUUACAAUCAUGGGAGGAAAAGUUCAAGAAACUAGUUGAAUCGCUUCGCGCUAGAGAGUUCAAAUGCUUGACUAAGGCACAGUUAAUGAGAGCUUUUGGGGCAUUCAUUUAUUGGAUGUCUCCUACCAUAAUCUCUUCUGUUAUCUUCAUGGGGUGUGUUCUUUUCCAAAGUGCACCUUUGAAUGCUGAAACCAUCUUCACAAUUCUUGCAGUAUUGAAAAGCAUGGGAGAACCUGUUAAUCUGAUUCCAGAGGCACUAUCUGUUCUUAUCCAAGUCAAAGUCUCCUUCGAUCGCCUCAACGCAUUUUUGCUGGAUGAUGAGAUAAAAGUUGAUGAUGGUAGAAGAAAUGCAACACUGAGUUCUUGUAACAGUGUUGAAAUUAUUGCAGGAAAUUUCACCUGGAAUGAGGAAUCAUUGCAUCCAACUCUGAGAGAUGUGAAUCUAGAUAUAAAAUGGGGUCAGAAAAUAGCAGUUUGUGGACCAGUUGGAGCUGGAAAAACAGCUCUCUUAUAUGCAAUUCUUGGAGAGAUACCAAAAGUUUCAGGAACAGUUAGUGUGGGUGGAACUUUUGCAUAUGUUUCCCAAAUUCCUUGGAUCCAAAGUGGUACCAUUCGCGAUAAUAUCCUCUAUGGAAAACCUAUGGAGAAAACCAGAUAUGAAUAUAGCAUUAAGGUAUGUGCCUUGGAUAAGGAUAUUGAUGGAUUCAGCCAUGGUGAUCUCACAGAAAUCGGUCAGCGGGGGAUCAACAUGAGUGGAGGACAAAAGCAAAGGAUUCAACUCGCUCGAGCCGUCUAUAGUGAUGCAGAUAUCUAUCUCCUUGAUGACCCUUUUAGUGCUGUAGAUGCUCAUACUGCUUCCAUUCUGUUCAAUGAUUGUGUGAAGACUGCUUUAAGAAGCAAAACUGUUAUUCUAGUGACUCAUCAAGUUGAAUUUCUCUCAGAAGUUGAUCAGAUUCUGGUGAUGGAGAGAGGAGAAAUAACUCAAUCAGGAAGUUAUAAAGAUCUUUUGAUUGCUGGAACAGCCUUUGAACAACUAUUGAAUGCUCACAGAGAUGCAAUCAUAGGGAUGAAGAAAAGGAAUGAGAAGGAGAGAGUUCUUGAAAAUAUAGUUGCAGUUCAUCAAGAGGAUUCACAUGGUUUGAAUCUUGCAAACCGUGGAAGUGAAGCUGACAUUUCCUCCAAAGUUCAACUUACACAAGAGGAAGAAAAGGAGAUUGGUGAUAUUGGAUGGAAGACAUUCUGUGAUUACAUUUUAUUCCCUAAGGGAUCAUGGCUUCUAUGCUGUUGCAUAUUAGCACAAUUCUCUUUUGUUGGUCUGCAAGCUGCAUCAACUUUUUGGCUUGCACUAGCAAUUGAGAUACCAAAAGUAACAAGUAGCAUAUUGAUUGGAGUUUAUGCUGUGAUUUCCUUUUUAAGUGUUGUAUUUUCAUAUCUAAGGUCUUUCUUUGGUGCACGCCUUGGUUUGAAAGCUUCUAAGGCUUUCUUCUCUGCUUUCAAUGAUGCCAUCUUUGGUGCUCCUAUGUUGUUCUUUGACUCAACACCUGUAGGGAGGAUUCUAACCAGAGCUUCAUCAGAUUUUAGUAUUUUGGAUUUCGAUAUGGCUUUUGCAACCUUCUUUGUAAUAGGCGAGAUAAUUGAACAUUCAACAAUGAUUGGGAUCAUGGUUUCAGUCACAUGGCAAGUUCUCAUUGUUGCCAUUCUUGCACUGGCGGCUUCAAAAUAUCUUCAGGGUUAUUAUCAAGUUUCUGCAAGGGAACUUAUGAGAAUCAAUGGAACUACAAAAGCUCCUCUUAUGAAUUUUACAGCUGAGACAUCACUUGGUGUGAUUACUAUAAGGGCUACCAAGAUGAUGGACAGAUUUUUCAAAAGCUACCUAAAGCUUGUUGACACAGAUGCCACACUGUUCUUUCAUUCUAAUGCUGCCACAGAAUGGUUAAUUUUAAGGAUUGAAGCCUUACAGAACUUGACACUCUUCGCUGCAGCUUUGCUGCUUAUUUUACUUCCAAAGGGAUAUGUGGCCCCUGGUCUUGUCGGAGUUUCGCUAUCUUAUGCAUUUUCAUUGACAGUCACCCAAGUUUUUCUGACCAAGUGCUUCUGCAACUUAUCAAACUAUUUGAUCUCUCUUGAAAGAAUCAAGCAAUUUAUUAACCUACCAUCCGAGCCUAGUGCAAUUGUGGAGGACUUAAGGCCACCAUCUUCUUGGCCGUCGAGGGGUCGGAUUGAUCUCCAAUCUCUGGAGAUUAGAUAUCGUCCAAAUGCUCCAUUAGUCCUUAAGGGCGUAUCUUGUACAUUUAAAGAAGGGAGUAGAGUGGGAGUGGUAGGAAGAACUGGAAGUGGAAAAACUACACUUAUAAGCGCUUUAUUCCGCUUAGUUGAGCCUGCAGGAGGUGAUAUUCUUAUAGAUGGGAUCAACAUAUGUUCAAUAGGGCUGAAAGAUUUGAGAAUGAAGCUAAGCAUCAUUCCUCAAGAACCAACACUUUUCAAGGGCAGCAUUAGAACAAACUUGGACCCUUUAGGUCUCUACACUGAUCAUGAAAUAUGGAAGGCUCUAGAGAAAUGUCAGCUUAAGGAAACAAUUAGUUGUCUACCAAAUCUCUUGGACUCUUCUGUGAGUGAUGAAGGUGAAAACUGGAGUGUAGGGCAGCGCCAACUGUUUUGUCUAGGAAGGGUACUUCUUAAGAGGAACAGAAUUCUUGUGUUGGAUGAAGCUACUGCCUCCAUUGAUUCCACCACCGACGCCAUUUUACAACGAGUUAUCAGAGAAGAAUUCUCAGAAUGCACAGUUAUAACGGUGGCACACAGAGUUCCAACUGUAAUAGAUAGUGACAUGGUCAUGGUCCUGUCUUAUGUUUUGGAUGGAAUGUUUCUUCCUACUGGAAUGAUAUGCGUUUUAAGAUGUCGCGUUACAUGA